AUGUACGGGCCAUUGCGCAUCCUGGACGCUUCGUGGCAUAUGCCCAAUGUCCAGCCCCCGCGCAACGCCGAGCAAGAGUUUCAAAGGGAGCCGCGCAUACCCGGGUCGCGGUUCUGGAAUGUAGAUGCCGUUGCAACCAAGGGAGAGAGCGUGCGAAACUUGCCGCAUAUGAUGCCAGAUGAGCAGACGUUCGCAAAAGCAGCAGGGGAGCUGGGAAUCUCGCGCGACAGCCAUGUGGUCGUAUACGAUACGCACGGCGUCUUCUCUGCGCCACGCACCGCAUUCACUUUCCUUGCUUUCGGUCAUCCGAAAGUAUCUAUUCUCGACGGCGGACUGCCUGGCUGGGUAGAUGCUGGCUUUCCAGUCGAGGAAGGCGCGCCGACUGCGAAAUUUGAAAAGACUUUCUAUGAGGCAUCUCCAUUCCCCGCAGGCCUGGUCAGGUCGUACGUUGAGAUGGUCGCCAAUGCACGCAUGAACCCUGCAAGAGGCGGGCAGACGGUCCUUGAUGCCCGCUCUCGCGGACGAUACGAUGGGACUGAGCCCGAGCCGCGCCCAGGUUUAUCCUCGGGUCACAUCCCUCAAUCGCUCUCUCUGCCGUUUCCCACGCUCUUGAAUAUCCGCACGGCCAAGGACCCGCGCCUUCCGCAGGGGACCAAGUACACCACAUUGAAGGACCAAACGCAGCUCUGGAGGACCGUUUCAGACGCGGUCGGCGGCAUGGAGGCCCUUGAAAAGCUCAGGCAGGCGAGCUCCGGCGGAGAAAGCGCAGCUACCGCAACUUGUGGGAGCGGUAUGACUGCCGCUGCCAUCUGGCUUGCUCUCCGGCAACUCGGUAUUCAGACGAGCAUCUAUGAUGAGAGCUGGAUGGGCUGGGCCAGUCGAGAAGAGAGUCCAAUUGAGAAGACAGAGAAGCAUGCAAAUGAUAUUCUGUAA